UAUGUUUUUUGAUCUGUAGCUCUUUGUUUUUAUCUUUCGGUUCUUCUUCAUGAACAGUUUGCGUGAAUUAGUAUUCGGAUAAGAUACCAAUGCGAUGCUUAUCUAUUUAACCUUUAAGACGAUACAUUUUAUUGCUUUAUUGUUGCUUUGAGAAGACCUUUGAGAAUAUAACCUUAGAUCAACGAAAUUUUCCCAUCUAUCGGUUGUUUUUCGUUAAAUCAACGAAGCGAAGCCGGGUCAACAUCAACAAAAGUAUGGGAUUUGGCCUUCAGUUGCGACUUUUGCUGUGGAAAAAUUUUACACUAAAGAAAAGAUCUCCGCUUGCUGUCUUGUUCGAAGUUCUUAUUCCACUCGUCUUGUUUCUUAUAUUAAUGGGAAUAAGAUUAAGAAGACAGCCCGAACCGAAACCCGAAG